AUGAAUGAAAGCACACAAAACGAUGUCAUCGGUGUUGGGGAAGGUGGUGGUCGACGUGGGGAAGAUGUCGAAGCUGGAAGCUCGACGCCCGCCGUCGCUUUCGCCGCCAGCGUCACAGGCGAUGCGGUGUCGGAGGGCGAAGGGGGUGCGGAGUGGCAAAUGGUGACCACCGGAAAGGCGAAAGCCGGCGGGGCGAAGAGGGCGGUAGCGAAGAGUAGGCCUAGGGUUGCAGAGAAUAACGAAGGUGCGCAACAGACUGCACACGUUUUUGUGGCGGUUUCCACUGCGGAACGCAAAUGGAAGGCUGAGAAGAGCGUUAAGACAAGCUCGCGAAGAUGGCGGCAGUCAUCAAGCAACUUAUGA